GUGAAAAAUAAUUUGCUAAAUUUCAUCCAAUCAUUUAUCUAGUUUAUCAGUCCAAGUGAAUCGAUUAUCUAGCUAUAUAUAUAUAUAUAUAUUUAAAGUCAGGCAUAAGUUAACAUUAAUAUCGCUUAUUCUUUGUUUCGACAUGCGUGAGAUAGUUCAUAUACAGGCUGGUCAAUGUGGUAACCAAAUUGGUGCCAAAUUCUGGGAAGUUAUUUCGGAUGAGCAUGGCAUCGAUCCGACUGGAACAUAUCAUGGUGACUCAGAUCUACAACUUGAGCGAAUCAAUGUUUACUACAAUGAAGCAUCCGGUGGCAAAUAUGUUCCAAGAGCUAUCUUAGUGGACUUAGAACCAGGCACCAUGGAUAGUGUUCGUGCAGGACCUUUCGGUCAACUUUUCCGUCCUGAUAAUUUCGUAUUUGGUCAAAGUGGCGCUGGGAAUAAUUGGGCUAAAGGCCAUUACACAGAAGGAGCAGAACUUGUAGAUUCUGUCUUAGACGUCGUAAGAAAAGAAGCAGAAUCCUGUGAUUGCCUUCAAGGGUUCCAAUUAACCCAUUCGCUCGGUGGUGGUACAGGUUCAGGUAUGGGGACGCUGUUGAUCUCGAAGAUUCGUGAGGAGUACCCUGAUCGGAUUAUGAAUACCUUUUCGGUCGUUCCUUCACCAAAAGUAUCGGAUACUGUUGUUGAGCCGUACAACGCGACGUUGUCUGUACACCAACUGGUUGAAAAUACUGACGAAACAUAUUGCAUUGAUAAUGAGGCGCUAUAUGAUAUCUGCUUCCGAACGUUGAAACUUACAACCCCUACGUACGGUGACUUGAAUCACCUGGUCAGCGCGACAAUGUCUGGGGUCACAACUUGUCUCAGAUUUCCUGGACAGUUAAACGCCGAUCUUCGAAAACUGGCUGUCAAUAUGGUCCCCUUCCCACGCUUGCACUUCUUCAUGCCUGGCUUCGCACCACUUACUAGCCGUGGUAGCCAGCAAUAUCGUUCAUUAACUGUUCCUGAGUUAACGCAACAAAUGUUUGAUGCGAAGAACAUGAUGGCAGCUUGUGAUCCGCGUCAUGGGCGUUAUUUGACAGUGGCGGCUAUUUUCCGUGGCCGUAUGUCUAUGAAGGAAGUCGACGAACAAAUGUUAAAUGUUCAGAACAAGAAUUCCAGUUACUUUGUUGACUGGAUCCCUAACAACGUCAAGACUGCCGUCUGCGAUAUUCCACCCCGUGGACUGAAAAUGUCAGUGACAUUUAUCGGCAAUAGCACUGCCAUCCAGGAGCUGUUUAAGCGUGUUUCUGAACAGUUCACGGCUAUGUUCCGCCGAAAGGCCUUCUUGCAUUGGUACACCGGUGAAGGUAUGGAUGAGAUGGAGUUUACCGAGGCAGAAUCUAAUAUGAACGAUCUGGUAAGCGAGUAUCAACAAUAUCAAGAUGCAACCGCCGAAGAAGAAGGUGAAUUCGAAGAGGAACUUGAAGAUGCAUAAAGCAAUACUCUACUAGUUGUUCUGCUUAUUCCUUUCAAUAAAUCACCAUUUUUCGGCUUAAUUUCUUUCUGUGUCAUUAUGGGGCAAAGUAACUAUCCACUUAGUGAACUUGGCGACUGGAGACGCCGUGUAGACCUGCUGUAGCGCUGUUGUAUGUAUCUGAGGUCAG